GCUACCGGAAUUGUGAAGGUGGUGGAUGGUUAACGUGGCUGUUGCUGGCUUUUUAACAGUGGCUCUGUGCUCCUCACACGAAGUCGGACUGUAUGAGUAUAGUCACGCCGUAGGAGCGCGCGGGUUGGCAACAGGCUAUCUCCUUCCUGUAAAAAUGCUAUAGUGAGAACUUCGACACUGGAGAUGAGCUCAUCGACGGACAGCGACUGGAGAGACCUGGAUACGACUCCGGAGUUCCGCGAGUUCGUCGGGAAAAAGCUGGACCAGGUGGUGGAGUGCAUGAUUAAGGAGAAGGACAGGUGCAAGCAUCUUCGGCCAGUGCCGGUGGAGGGCAGUGUUCAGCUGUUCUCGGGGGCGCCACCGCUGCAGGUGGCCGACGAGGCCGCGCCUGAGCCGGCGCCCAAGCGGCCCCGGCUGGCUGGCGUCGAUCUGCAGAAGUACCAGCUGAAGAAGAAGAGCCGCUGCGAGCGGCGGCCGACCGCCGGCGACGGCCGGGCGGCGCCACCAGACGCCUCGGGCUCGGCCUUGGGGGCGCAGUCGUCGCCUCAGAGUGAGACCGGAGCUGCUGCGGCGCCAGGUGACGGCAGCUCCGACAGCAGCGAUGACGAGGACCUGGCUCGCUUUGCGGAGGCCGCCGUACCCGCGGACUUUAUGUCGGCACUAGCGACGAGUAAAACGGUGAAACUGGACGCGACGUGAUUUUGUGUGCCUUGUCCUCCGCAGAUUGUAGAUUGCGAUUGGAGAGAUCGCAAAGGCUUAUGAUGCUUUUGGUAUGUUGAUAUGCUGGCAAGUUUUUUGUAAUAAAUGAUACUGCGUUGUGUA